AUGUUUACUGCAUUUACUGGCUCAUACAUAGCUUGGGAAUUAGGCUCUGAUACUUGGACACGUAAGGAUUGUGUUAUGCCUGCUCUUGGUGAUAUGAAAGAUUGUGAAUAUUUAUAUCAUGAUCGAAAAAUUAAAUGGUCGGAACUUUUAUUUACAAAAUCUGUUGCCCAUUUUAAACGUGUUGCAUUAACAAAUAUUGAAUUUGCUUUGUUAAUAGCUAUUAUUUUUACAAAAUCAAGUAAAAACUUUAAUUUGUAA